GUUCCGCUGUCUUCACAAGGCUGGCACAAUCGGUGUUACCGUUGGUCCUCUUGCCAUAGCUGGUCGUUAUUAUCGCCAUCUGCUUGUAGAGAGCAGCCGACUGCAACUGAUUAUCGGAGACCCAAAUCGUAACGGGAUAGGCAGUGACCAGCUCCAGUCCCUUGCUGGUGCACUCCCUGGUCAACUAUGCGCAAUGAUGCCUGUCGACUACAUAUAUCACGGUCGGGGGAUGACGUUUGUCGAAUCUGAGCAAGCAGCGAAGAAGGCAUUGGCCGAGAGAUGGGCCGUGAACUUGGACCACUUUAUGUCGCGCUUUGCGACGAGGGAGACGAUGAAGCGAAAGCUGGAUCAAGUUGUCCCACCUGUGGGGAAGGCAGAGUCAGCGGCCCCAGAGCGCGCAGAAGUGCAGGUGCCAGAGCAUACAAAGGCAUAGACCGAAGCGCGUGCAGACGUACAAACCGAAGAGCGCACAGACAUGCAGAUCGAAGAGCGCGUCGAGGCUCAGGUUACAGAGCACGUCGAAGACCCGGGUGAGGCUGAGGCUGCCCAAGUUCCGGAUGGUGCCCCAGAACCUGAGAUGGUUGAUCCGGCUGAACUGCCCAACCUUCAAGUGGAGGACACCGGGGCGAUGAAAGGCGUGCAGGCGACCGAUGCUGAGGUCUUACAAACGGUGGACGGUGUACACGAGGACGACACUGGCGAAUUCUUUACGGGUCCAAUGGACACCUGAGUGUUUUCUGGGAAUUUCCUGUUAUCAUACCCUUUUCAUCUUUAGGCGUUGUUGUCUUUGGGAACGAGUGUUCCAUCUCCGUGGGUCUCUACUAUAUGUGUGGCGAAUGUGAC